AUGGGCCAGUGUGUCACCAAGUGCAAGAAUCCCUCAUCAACCCUGGGCAGCAAGAACGGAGACCGUGACCCCAGCAGCAAAUCACACAGCAGGCGGGGCGCAGGCCACCGCGAGGAGCAGGUACCAGCCUGUGGCAAGCCAGGUGGGGACAUCCUUGUCAAUGGGACCAAGAAGGUGGAGGCUGCCACCGAGGCCUGCCAGCUGCCGACGUCCUCGGGAGAUGCCGGGAGGGAGUCCAAGUCCAAUGGCGAGGAGUCUUCCUUACAGAGGUUGGAAGAGCUGUUCAGGCGCUACAAGGACGAGCGGGAGGAUGCAAUUUUGGAGGAAGGCAUGGAGCGCUUUUGCAAUGACCUGUGUGUUGACCCCACGGAAUUUCGAGUGCUGCUCUUGGCUUGGAAGUUCCAGGCUGCUACCAUGUGCAAAUUCACCAGGAAGGAGUUUUUUGAUGGCUGCAAAGCAAUAAGUGCAGACAGCAUCGAUGGGAUCUGUGCACGGUUCCCCAGCCUCUUAAUAGAAGCCAAACAAGAAGACAAAUUCAAGGAUCUCUACCGGUUUACAUUUCAGUUUGGCCUGGACUCUGAAGAAGGGCAGCGGUCACUGCACCGGGAAAUAGCCAUUGCCCUGUGGAAACUAGUCUUUACUCAAAACAAUCCCCCCGUGUUGGACCAGUGGCUCCACUUCCUAACAGAGAACCCCUCGGGGAUCAAGGGCAUCUCUCGGGACACGUGGAACAUGUUCCUUAACUUCACUCAGGUGAUUGGCCCCGACCUCAGCAACUACAGUGAAGAUGAGGCCUGGCCGAGUCUCUUUGAUACCUUUGUGGAGUGGGAAACAGAGCGCCGGAAAAGAGAAGAGGAGGCAAGAGGUGCGUUCAGCUCAGGGCCCGAGGGCUUGUGUCCUGACGAGCAGACUUAG